UAUAUGGUCAUUGGUCACCUCAUUUAACCCACUAUUGUAGAGAGCUCAAAGCUAAAGAUGUACGGAUUGAAUCGUCUCAAAUCGGCCAAUCGGCUCAGAAAUCUGUACUUCUCUGCCUCCAAUUCGAGGCGGUUGCUUUCCUCUCCGGCAGCGGCAGCGGAAAUCGAUCGGAUUAGUGACGAUCACAACAAUUAUGAGCGGAAACGGCGGAAGAAGGUGCCGCAGCCGCUGGAGAAUGUAGUGACGCUCACGUGCGAGUCAGCCGCGGAAGGAGGCGUCUGCGAUGUAUAUGUGGUCGGAUCCGAUCACAAAUCUCCGGCUCUUUUUGUGGAGCUGUGCCCUAGUCGCCGUCAUAUUCUUACGCAUGAUGAAGUUGAGAUGCCGACUUUGCAAGAUAUGGUGCAUAUGUGGAAGAAAAAUGAAAGUCUUUAUUCAAUUCUAUUCAAGCGAUAUGUUGCUAAGCUCUUUAUUGAAUAUGAGCAUGUGCCCGGUGGAGAUUUUCGUACGGCAUAUAUCGAAGCAACAAAAUAUGGUGCCAAUGUCAUACUUGGUGAUAGACCUGUAGAGAUUACAACUUUGAGACAUUGGGCCAAUACGUCUCUCUGGCAAAUCUACCUGCAACAUACAAGACCAGACUACGUUAUGUUGCCAGAAGACCUUGCUGAGAAGGUGGAGGAGGCACAAAAGACUGGGAAGGUUGAUGCUGACUUGGUGAAACAAGUGAUUUGUGUGAUGACCAAGCUAGAUCCUAUCGGUUCAAAAAUCGAUAUCCAUGAGCGGGACCAGUAUAUGUCCUUCAAAUUACUAGAAGCCGCACGCCAGCAUAAGUCAGUCGUUGCUGUUGUGGGGAGGCUUCACGUGCCAGGAAUCAAAAACAACUGGAAACAUGUUGAGGUGGAACAGCUUCUGAAAGUCCCACUUCGAAAGAAAAUGUUUAGAAUUGUAAUAAGAGUUGCACAGGUUGCCUGUCUCUAUGGCUCUUAUCUUUGCUUCGAUGAGUUGAUAAAUUGUUGAGGCUGGCACAAAAAAUCGAGUGGAUUGAUUCGAUAAAAUGUUUAUUUUUUCAUUAUUGUCACAAAAUUUAAGAAUUUUC